UCGGAAAGACUUACUAUCAGCGUGAAUCGGCAGAAUGUAAUGAAGAGGAACAAUGCCCUACUUCAGCUAAUCCUAAUCAUCUCCACCUCGUACUGCAACCUCAAGAUAGGAGCAUUCAACGUACAAACAUUUGGUAAAGCUAAGUACUCCAACUUAACUCUGAGGAAUCACCUUGUAACCGUCGUUUUAAAGUAUGACCUCAUCCUCAUCCAAGAGAUCAAAGACGUUUCCGAGACGAUGAUUUUUAACUUUAUCCAAGAUUGCCAAGCUGAGAGCUCCACACUGGAUCUCAUUGUUAGUCCCCGACUGGGCAGCUCCUCGUACAAAGAACAGUACGCUGUAAUAUUUGAUACCUUGAAACUAAGUGUCAAGAAGCAGACAGUAUUUGACAACCCCAGAAAUCUGUUCAGUAGACCCCCCCCUAAUCGCUCACUUCACCUCACCAGAUCACCAGUUCGCGACUUCACUGUCUUUGGAGUCCACGUGGAUCCUGACGAUGUGGUCCAAGAACUGAACGAGUUUCCUGCUGCGUACGAGUACGCUGUGUCCCAGGGCUACCCUCCUCAGGGGAUAUUCAUGGGUGACAUGAACGCUGACUGUAGCUACCUCUCCAGUAGAAAGUACCAUGACCUGCUCAUGACAUCUGAUGACAGGUUCAAAUGGCUGGGAGUCAAUGAUUUGGACACGACAGUCUCUAAAACGACAACCUGUUACUACGACAGGAUAGUGCUGUGUGGUGACCUGGACCCCCGUCAUUUCACCCACCCGGCUAUAGACCUGUUUGAUGGAGAAAUAACGAAUGAUAUGGCGAAGAAGAUCAGCGAUCAUUACCCUAUCUAUGUAACAUGGAAGAUGGGGGACUAUGAUGGUGGAAAUACUGCUGAUACCAGUCAGGCCAUAUCGAAUUUCAGAAACAUCUUGAAAGAAUUCCUGUGUCGCUGUUUUCCGGUUUUGAACGAAUGUAAAGACGCGGAAUGGUUGGAAUCCGCUGUAUUGUUUUUAUCUAUUGUUUCAAUUUUGAUCUGUAGGCGUAUCGUAGGUUAUUUUAAUUUGGUUAUAACAUGACAUUUUUUAUAUAACGCUAUUGUAAAAUUUUCUGCGCAGAUGCCAUUAUUGUGUAAAUAUUUUUAAGUGUGAUAUAGUCUUGCAGUCAGAUAUUCAAUAUUAUGAUUCAAUUUGGGUAAUUUUGAACAGUUUAUGUAUCUUAAAAUCAUAAUGAUUGCGUUUGUAUUAUUUUUAUUUGCGAUAUUCGAUGAUAG